GCGAGAUUUGGCAGUGGCGACGUGAAUUCACGUGAGAAGUGGAGAGUUGUUUGUGUUGGCGGAGUGUGCGCGCUGUGCGGGGCAGCGAAGGCGGGCGAGCUGGCGGACCUCAUCAUGGCAUCCGGCGAGACGCUGUACAUCGAGGCGGACGGCUCGGAGAUGCCCGCGGGGCUCGUGGAGCUGCACGAGAUCGAGGUGGAGACCAUCGAGACCACGGUGAUGGACGACGACGAGGACGACGAGCAGCAGCCCAUGAUCGCGCUGCAGCCGCUGCUCACAGACGACCCGAGCCAGCUCCACCAGCACCAGGAGGUGAUCCUGGUCCAGACCCGCGAGGAGGUGGUCGGCGGCGACGAGUCGGAGCUCCAGGAGGACGACGGCUUCGAGGAGCGGAUCCUCAUCCCGGUGCCCGCCGAGGAGCACUACAUCGGGCAGACGCUGCUGACAGUCGCCGGCAGGAGCUCCGCGGGGCGGCUGGGGAAGAGAGCGGCGUCGGGGGGCAAGAAAGCGGGCAAGAAGAGCUACCUGAGCGCGGCGGAGGCCUGCGGGAGGAAAUGGGAGCAGAAGCAGGUGCAGAUCAAGACUCUGGAGGGCGAGUUCUCCGUCACGAUGUGGGCUUCGGAUGACAAGAAGGACAGCGCUCACGAGACGGUGGUGGAGGAGCAGAUCCUCGGGGAGAGCUCUUCUCCGGAUUACUCCGAGUACAUGACGGGAAAGAAGCUGCCGCCCGGCGGCAUCCCGGGGAUCGACCUCUCGGACCCGAAGCAGCUGGCGGAGUUCGCCAGCCCCUUCAGUCACAGCGGAGCUCAUUUUGCUCGUAGUCCCGCUCGAAUGAAGCCGAGGAAGAUCAAGGAAGACGACGCGCCUCGAACGAUAGCCUGCCCGCACAAAGGCUGCAGUAAAAUGUUCAGGGAUAAUUCAGCCAUGAGGAAGCACCUGCACACUCACGGCCCGCGGGUCCACGUGUGCGCCGAGUGCGGGAAAGCCUUCGUGGAGAGCUCCAAACUCAAGCGCCAUCAGCUGGUUCACACCGGAGAGAAGCCCUUCCAGUGCACGUUCGAGGGCUGCGGGAAGCGCUUCUCUCUGGACUUUAACCUUCGGACGCACGUCCGGAUUCACACCGGGGACCGGCCCUACGUUUGCCCCUUCGACGGCUGCAAUAAAAAGUUCGCUCAGUCCACCAACCUCAAAUCACACAUUCUGACACACGCCAAAGCCAAAACCAGCCAAUGAACUGCGGCGCGGCGUGGUGUCCUCAAGCAUCGUAACACUGGAGACGUGAAGCCGUGCUCCAGCUCUCGCACACGGACUGGAAGGAAGCGCCGCCAGUGACUGGAAACGCCCUGCAUUCAUAACGCCGCUCUGUCGGCCGAGGAACCGAGCCGAGCUCCUCCAGCCCAUCCUCGGAUGAUGCUUUUUACCACAUAAACGACAAAAGAGAACAAGGGACUGUUGCUUCAUUCUUUUCCCCUUUUACUUCGUUCUCUCUGGUCUUCAUCGACGUAUCGCUUUUAAUUCUCUAUUUCUCCAAGUGUGCAUAUUGUACACUUAUUUUGGGAGAUGCUUGUGAUCGUGAAUAAUCCCUGAGAGUUUGAUGUUGGUUGCUGUCUCUUCCUCUGUUGUGUGUGGUGUAGUGGAAGCGGUGCUAAUCGGAGCGGCUGUGAUCACGUAGAGUCCUCGUAAGCGGCGGUCGGUCGCACCACGGUAAACCACAGGUAAACUGUCGCUUUCUCUUUGUUAGAAUGUAUUGUAAAGGUCCAAACCAUGAACUAUCCUUUGUUAAUAUUGACAGCUAUAUUUACACCUCACCUGUAUUUCAGCAAACUACGAUUAAAGAGGAAAAUAUCA